GUGGUAGACAGUCUCCAAAUUGUUUACUCGUUUCUAACACACAAUAGCUCUAAGUGAAGUGAUUUUUCUUUUUAUCCCAUAAAAAUAAAAAAUGGCAGACAACAAGCUGUACGAAAUUCUUGGUGUAAGCCGAAAUUCAACCGAUAGUGAGAUAAAAAAGAAUUAUCGUAAGCUUGCCAAAGAAUUUCAUCCCGAUAAGAACCCGGAGGCAGGCGAUAAAUUUAAGGAAAUAUCGUUUGCAUAUGAAGUUCUGUCUGACCCAGAAAAACGUGCAACAUAUGAUCGAUAUGGUUUGAAAGGUCUGCAAGAUGGUGGCGAUGCAUCUGCCGAUGACUUUUUCGGUCGUAUGUUUGGUGGAUUCUUCGGUGGAAUGGGUGGAAUGGGCGGAAUGGGUGGUAUGGGCGGUAUGGGUGGCCAUUCAAGUCGACGACCAAGUCCCGAAGUUCAACAGCAGGCUGUCACACUUGAACAGUUGUACAAUGGCAAUGCAGCAAUACCAGUUGAAGUAAAACGUCUGCAAAAACUCUGCAAAGCCUGUGAUGGACGGGGUGGAAAGGCUGGGGCAGCUAGAAAAUGUUCCACAUGUAGUGGCACCGGAACGAAGGUAACUAUUCAACAGCUUGGUCCAGGCAUAGCAAGACAGUUACAUGCUCGUUGCCCCGAUUGUGGUGGCAAAGGCGAAUCGUUCUUGGAAAGCGAUCGUUGUAAACCGUGCAAAGGACAACGAGUUGUUAUGGAAGACAAAACAUUCGAAGUGCAUAUUGAUAAAGGUAUGAAACAUGGCCAAAAGAUAACAUUCAAAGGCGAAGGAAAUCAAAUAGUUGAUUGUAAAGAGGCUGGUGAUGUUGUCGUUGUAUUAGUACAACAACCGCAUAAAUUUUUCGAACGAUCCGGUGACAAUUUGAUUAUUGUUCACAAUAUCACAUUGACAGAAGCCUUGUGCGGCUUUCAAUUUCCAAUAAAACAUUUGGAUGGUCGUGAUUUGGUGCUGAAAUGUGCACCCGGCGAAGUGGUGAAAAAGGAAACAAUCAAAGCGGUCAAAGGCGAAGGCAUGCCGAUCCAUCGAAAUCCAUUUGAAAAAGGCAAUCUCUAUAUUCGUUUCAAUAUUGAAUAUCCGGCCAAAUACGAAAUGAAACCGAAUCAAUUGAAACAAAUUGAAGAAUUACUUGGACCAAGACCACCAUUUGUGAUGCCAAUCGGCGAACAUGUUGAAGAAGUGAAUUGGCAAGAAUACGAUCCCGACCAUGAUAGUGAUAAUCGACAAGACGCUUACGACAGUGAUGACGAUGGCCAUCAUGGACGAGGUGCCGGUGUUCAAUGUCAAACUUCAUAAGAACAAUAAAAACAUAAAUAUAUACGGAGUAGACGCAGAAAAUUCACGGCAAUUUUUCUACGAAAUCAAUAAGAAGAAAAAAAAAACCCUUUUUUUUCCAAUUUACUUAUCUUCUAUCAUAAACAAAAAAAAAAAAAAACAGAAAACAAACACACAACUCUCAAUUUUAGUUUAUCGUCUUUUUGAGAACCAUCACUCAGAUUGAUAAAAAAAAUGUAUUUCAUAUAGUCAACACAAUUUGCAUAUAAACAACAUGGAACGAAUGACUAAAAAAUAUGAGAAUUAGAUAUUCGCAAAUACAAAAAAUAAAAUAAAAAAAUAAUAAAUUUUCAAUGUAAACACACACAAAAAAUAAGUAGGCGUAUAGAAUAAAAAAAUUUCAAGCUGGAAAAUUUGGAUUCGACUAAAUUUUUAUUGCAGCAAAGAGCCACACAUUCAUUCCUUAGCACAGCUCAACUAGAUGCAUGCGAAACAAUAAAACUAUUGUCUAAAAAAAGAUGCAAACCACUCGUGAAUAGCAUUAAUUGUAAUAUCAAAUUGUUUUACGAUCAAUAAUAAUUUUUAAUUUGGUAAAAGUUUCUAUUUAUUAACCAUUUGGAAUAAAAACAACCACAACAAACAACUUACAAUUGAAAUUACUAAUUUUUUUUUACUUCUUUCUCGCUUUGGCCUGACCACUCACAUUUAUGUUUUUCUUAAUUUGUUUUUCUACACUUCAAAUCAAGAAAAGGAGGAAGAAGAAUCACCUAUAAAUGAUAUUAUGAUCUGAAAACGGAUUAUGAACAAAUCGAUAUUUAUGUAAUAUGUGAAAUACAUUGUAAAAUAAAAAUACAAAAAUAACGAAGCACAUACGCUUCUCAAUAAAGGGAAAAACAAACAAA